AUGACUCCAUUACACUGGACAGCUCAAUCGGGAAAUAUAGAAUUGUAUAAAUACUUGAUAGAAAAAGGUGUAGUAGAGAAAUUUCUGGACAGUAGAAGUACACCAUUACAUGAAGCUUUUAAGCUUGGAAGACUUAAUAUGUGUAAAUACUUGGUCAAUACUUUUCCUCAUUCUCUGGAUGUCAAAGACAAUGAUGGAGAGAAUGUCUUACAUGCUGCAGCCUGGGGAGGUAACAUUGACUUAUUCAAAUUCCUAAUGGAAAAAGGCUUCGAUACCGAGACGAAAAGAAAUGAUGGGAAAACUGUGCUUCACCAGUGCUGUAUGAACGGAAAACUAGACAUGUGUAAGUACUUGGUCAACAAUUAUCCUCAUUUACUUGAUGUCAAAGACAAUGAUGGACAGAAUGCCUUACAUGAUGCAGCCUGGGGAGGUAACAUUGAUUUACUCAAAUUUCUGUUGGAGAAAGGCUUCGAUAUUAAGAUCAAAAGAAAUGAUGGAGGAACUGUGUUUCACCUUUGCUGUAUGAACGGAAAACUAGAUAUGUGUAAGUACUUGGUCAAUACUUUUCCUCGUUUACUUGAUGUCAAAGACAAUGAAGGAGAGAAUGCUUUACAUGUUGCAGCGUUUAGUGGUGACAUUGAUUUAUUUAAAUUUCUAUUGGAAAAAGGCUUCGAUACUGAGACAAAAAGAAAUGAUGGAAAAACUGUGCUUCACCAGUGCUGUAUGAACGGAAAACUAGAUAUGUGUAAGAACUUGGUCAACACGUAUCCUCUUUUACUGGAUGUCAAAGACAAUAAUGGAGAGAAUGCCUUACAUGAUGCAGCCUGGGGAGGUAACAUUGAUUUACUCAAAUUUCUGUUGGAGAAAGGCUUUGAUACCGAGACAAAAAGAAAUGAUGGUAAAACCGUGCUUUACUUUUGCUGUAUGAACAGAAAACUAGAUAUGUGUAAGUACUUGGUCAACAAUUAUCCUCAUUUACUGGAUGUCAAACACAAUGAUGGAGAGAAUGCUUUACAUGUUGCAGCGUUUAGUGGUGACAUUGAUUUAUUUAAAUUUCUAUUGGAAAAAGGCUUCGAUACUGAGACAAAAAGAAAUGAUGGAAAAACUGUGCUUCACCAGUGCUGUAUGAACGGAAAACUAGAGAUGUGUAAGUACUUGGUCAAUACUUUUCCUCAUUUACUUGAUGUCAAAGACAAUAAUGGAGAGAAUGCCUUACAUGGUGCAGCCUGGGGAGGUAACAUUGACUUAUUCAAUUUCCUGCUGGAGGAAGGCUUCGAUAUUGAAACAAAAAGAAAUGAUGGGAAAACUGUGCUUCACCUUUGCUGUAUGAACGGAAAACUAGACAUGUGUAAGUACUUGGUCAAUACUUUUCCUCAUUCACUUGAUGUCAAAGACAAUAGUGGAGGAAAUGCCUUACAUGGUGCAGCCUGGGGAGGUAACAUUGAUUUACUCAAAUUUCUGUUGGAAAAACGCUUUGAUAUCGAAAUUACAAGAAAUGAUGGAAAAACUGUGCUUCACCUAUGCUGUAUGAACGGAAAACUAGACAUGAGUAAAUAUUUAGUCAAAACUUAUCCUCAUUUACCGGAUGUCAAAGACAAUGAUGGAGCGAAUGCCUUACAUGAUGCAGCCUGGGAAGGUUACAUUGAUUUACUCAUUUUUCUGCUGGAGGAAGGCUUCGAAAUCGAAACAAAAAGAAAAGAUGGAGGAACUGUGCUUCACCAGUGCUGUUUGAACGGAAAACUAGAUAUGUGUAAGUACUUGGCCAAUACUUUUCCUCAUUUACUAGAUGUCAAAAAUAAUAGUGGAGAGAAUGCCUUACAUGAUGCAGCCUGGGGAGGUAACAUUGACUUACUCAAUUUUCUGCUGGAGGAAGGCUUCGAUAUUGAAACAAAAAGAAAUGAUGGGAAAACUGUGCUUCACCUAUGCUGUAUGAACGGAAAACUAGACAUGAGUAAAUAUUUAGUCAAUACUUAUCCUCAUUUACCGGAUGUCAAAGAUAAUAAUGGAGAGAAUGCCUUACAUGAUGCAGCCUGGGCAGGUAACAUUGAUUUACUCAAAUUUCUGUUGGAGAAAGGCUUCGAUAUUAAGAUCAAAAGAAAUGAUGGAGGAACUGUGUUUCACCUUUGCUGUAUGAACGGAAAACUAGAUAUGUGUAAGUACUUGGUCAAUACUUAUCCUCUUUUACUUGAUGUCAAAGACAAUAAUGGAGAGAAUGCCUUACAUGGUGCAGCGUUUAGUGGUAACAUUGAUUUACUCAAAUAUCUAUUGGAAAAAGGCUUCGAUACCGAGACAAUAACAAAUGAUGGGAAAACUGUGCUUCACCAGUGCUGUAUGAACGGAAAACUAGAGAUGUGUAAGUACUUGGUCAAUACUUUUCCUCAUUUACUAGAUGUCAAAGAUAAUAAUGGAGAGAAUGCCUUACAAGCUGCUGCCUGGGGAGGUAACAUUGACUUACUCAAUUUUCUGCUGGAGGAAGGCUUCGAUAUUGAAACAAAAAGAAAUGAUGAGAAAACUGUGCUUCACCUAUGCUGUAUGAACGGAAAACUAGACAUGAGUAAAUAUUUAGUCAAUACUUAUUCUCAUUUAACGGAUGUCAAAGAUAAUAAUGGAGAGAAUGCCUUACAUGAUGCAGCCUGGGCAGGUAACAUUGAUUUACUCAAAUUUCUGUUGGAGAAAGGCUUCGAUAUUAAGAUCAAAAGAAAUGAUGGAGGAACUGUGUUUCACCUUUGCUGUAUGAACGGAAAACUAGAUAUGUGUAAGUACUUGGUCAAUACUUAUCCUCAUUUACUUGAUGUCAAAGACAAUAAUGGAGAGAAUGCCUUACAUGGUGCAGCGUUUAGUGGUAACAUUGAUUUACUCAAAUAUCUAUUGGAAAAAGGCUUCGAUACCGAGACAAUAACAAAUGAUGGGAAAACUGUGCUUCACCAGUGCUGUAUGAACGGAAAACUAGAGAUGUGUAAGUACUUGGUCAAUACUUUUCCUCAUUUACUAGAUGUCAAAGAUAAUAAUGGAGAGAAUGCCUUACAAGCUGCUGCCUGGGGAGGUAACAUUGACUUACUCAAUUUUCUGCUGGAGGAAGGCUUCGAUAUUGAAACAAAAAGAAAUGAUGAGAAAACUGUGCUUCACCUAUGCUGUAUGAACGGAAAACUAGACAUGAGUAAAUAUUUAGUCAAUACUUAUCCUCAUUUACCGGAUGUCAAAGAUAAUAAUGGAGAGAAUGCCUUACAUGAUGCAGCCUGGGGAGGUAACAUUGAUUUACUCAAAUUUCUAUUGGAGAAAGGCUUUGAUAUUAAAAUCAAAAGAAAUGAUGGAGGAACUGUGUUUCACCUUUGCUGUAUGAGCGGAAAACUAGAUAUGUGUAAGUACUUGGUCAAUACUUUUCCUCAUUUUCUGGAUUUCAAAGACAAUAAUGGAGAGAAUGCUUUACAUGGUGCAGCCUUUGAAGGAAACAUUGAUUUACUAAAAUUUCUACUGGGGGAAGGCUUCGAUAUCGAAACAAAAAGAAAUGAUGGGAAAACUGUGCUUCACCUUAGCUGUAUGAACGGAAAACUAGAGAUGUGUAAGUACUUGGUCAAUACUUUUCCUCAUUUACGUGAUGUCAAAGACAAUAAUGGAGAGAAUGCCUUACAUAUUGCAGGGUUUAGUGGUAACAUUGAUUUACUCAAAUAUCUAUUGGAAAAAGGCUUCGAUACCGAGACAAUAAGAAAUGAUGGGAAAACUGUGCUUCACCAGUGCUGUAUGAACGGAAAACUAGAGAUGUGUAAGUACUUGGUCAAUACUUAUCCUCAUUUACUAGAUGUCAAAGACAAUAAUGGAGAGAAUGCCUUACAUGGUGCGGCCUGGGGAGGUAACAUUGAUUUACUCAAUUUUCUGUUGGAGAAAGGCUUCGAUAUUGAAACAAAAAGAAGUGAUGGGAAAACUGUGCUUCACUUUUGCUGUAUGAACGGAAAACUAGAUAUGUGUAAGUACUUGUUCAACAAUUAUCCUCAUUUACUUGAUGUCACAGAUAAUUAUGGACAGAAUGCCUUACAUGAUGCAGCCUGGGGAGGUAACAUUGAUUUACUCAAAUUUCUGUUGGAGAAAGGUUUUGAUGUCAAAACCAAAAGAAAUGAUGGAAAAACUGUGCUUCACCUAUGCUGUAUGAACGGAAAACUAGACAUUAGUAAAUAUUUAGUUAAUACUUAUCCUCAUUUUCUGGAUGUCAAAGACAAUAAUGGAGAGAAUGCCUUACAUGAUGCAGCCUGGGGAGGUAACAUUGAUUUACUCAUUUUUCUGCUGGAAGAAGGCUUCGAUAUCGAAACAAAAAGAAAUGAUGGAGGAACUGUGUUUCACCUUUGCUGUAUGAAUGGAAAUCUAGAUAUGUGUAAGUACUUGGUGAAUACUUAUCCUCAGUUACUUGAUGUCACAGAUAAUUAUGGAAUGAAUGCCCUACAUAAUGCAGCGCUAGGAGGUUACAUAGAUUUACUCAAAUUUCUGUUGGGGAAAGGUUUUGAUAUUGAGAUAAAAAGAAAUGAUAGGGGAACCGUGCUUCACCUAUGCUGUAUGAACGGAAAACUAGAUAUAUGUAAGUACUUGGUCAAUACUUAUCCUCAAUUACUAGACGUCACAAACAAUUAUGGAGAAAAUGCCUUACAUGCUGCAGCCUAUGGGGGUAACAUUGACUUACUCAAAUUUUUGUUGGAGAAAGGCUUCGAUAUCGAAACAAAAAGAAAUGAUGGGAGGACUGUGCUUCACCUAUGCUGUAUAAAUGGAAGAUUAGAUAUGUGUAAGUACUUGGUCAGUACUUAUCCUCAGUUACUAGACGUUACAAACAAUUAUGGAGAAAAUGCAAUAAAUGCUGCAGCCUAUGGAAGUAACAUUGAUUUACUCAAUUUUCUGGUGGAAAAAGGCCUCAAAAUCAUUACCAAAAGAAAUGAUGGGAAAACUGUGCUUCAGUAA